AAACUCUCAAAAGCUGCUUCCAGUGGCUGCUGGGAUUCCAAAGCUGGUUUUAUUCUGCAACUGCAACAACUUGCUGCUCGAAAGAGAGGAGAGAAGCUGGACCCAGCUCCCAGGGGCUAAUUACAUUGGAGAAUUAAAUACAAUUACCAUGGUCUCAAUGUGAAACUGGAGUGAUUUUUUUAUUAUUUUUUUUUAACAUAACUGAAAAGGGUUUUUUUCCCUCCAUUCUUCUUUUUUUCAUCUUUUUCUGCCCACCCAGUGGAAAUGUUGCAAACUGUCUGCGUGAGUCCUGAGCUGCUGGUCAACCAAAACAUGGGUGAACCCGAAAUCUGUGGCUACAGCCCAGGCCAGGGAUCCCCACUGCCUGGAGAAACUGCCAGUCCCAAAAGCUGUUUUCAGCAGAGCCCAUCGCUGCCAGAUUCUGGAUUAACUGAACUGAAUGUUGCCAGUCCCCAGCUCUGCCCUCCUCCCUCACGUGAACCCCGAGAGAUGUCUGCUCCUGCUGACUCUGAACUUAGCUCUGAUCCCCCUCAGAAGCGCUACAUGGGUGUGAGAGUAAAGAUGCCAGUGCGGGAAUUACUGAGGAAUAUUCGGCUUUCCAAAGGCUUGGACCCAGCUCACAGCAAGGAAACCUCAUCAAUGAAGAUGGUAACCAAAGGAUCCUCGGGAAAAACAGAGAAGAGAAGAGCUCACCCUUAUACAGAGAAACAGCUUAGACAGAGCAAGCAGAGCGUUGGGCAAACCCUGAAAGGCUUAGAGGACCUUGAUAUCCUGGUGGAGGUGCUGCAGGAGGAUCUGAACAAAAGCCAGCUGAAGGAGGAGUCUCUGUGCCCCGUGCCAGCUGGGUUUGGGCAGGGCUUCUCCCCGGAUCCGCCAAGCUCCCGGUGGGAACCUGCGGGGAGCAAGGAGAGGCAGCACAGCUCCACCAGGCUGCACCCAGGCUGCUGCUUUAAAGAUUUCCACCCAGCGCCGAGGGGAGUGGCAGAGAAUUCUUUCCACGGUGACCAGAAAAACGUGCAGGUGCCCAGCUCACCUGGAACGUCCUCGAGGACGAGGGAGAAGCAGAGCAGCUGGUGGAUCCAGGGGGCACACGCAGGCUCCCUGGAGGAUUUCCCGAGGAAUUCUUCCCAGCACACACCUGCACACUUCAACCCCUCAGAGAUGCUCCUGGGAGCUCACACGGGCUCUGCAGAUGCUGAAGUUGGACACCUGAAGUCGGCCCCAGUUUCUUUCAGCCAGCAGGACCUCUCUGCCAUCUCCUUCUUCCAGUUCCAGCUGCACAGGGAAGAGAGUUUGCUGAGAAACAUCCCAGCGGACAAACUGCUUGCUCCUGAUGAGAAUGGCAACAGGCUGCUGCACAAGGCUGUUGCUCAGGGAAGAAGAGCUCUGACUUAUGCCCUGGCACAGAGAUUUGCAUCCCUAAAUAAGAUCGACGAGAAGGAUGCAGAGAAACGGACUGCCUUACAUCUUGCUGCAGAGAAGAACCAGCACCUGAUGGUGAGUGACCUGAUAUCCCUGGGGGCCAAUGUCAACGAGCAGGACAGCUGUGGGAAAACUCCACUCCACCUGUGUGCACAGAACGGAUACUUGAGGGUCUUAGAGGUUUUGAAACACUGCAAAAACAAUGGGGUGUGUGUGGAAGUCGAUCUGCCCGACCACUAUGGUUUAACCCCUCUGCACUGUGCUGCUCUCGCCCACACUGCCUUGGUGACAGAAUCCCAAAAAACCCCCACGGACACCGACAUGGGGAGGCUCCUCAGACUCCGGCAGGACCAAAUCCUGGAGGGAAUUCAGUGCCUGCUGCAGAUGGGAGGGAAGGCUGAGCUGCAGGCACCGAAUCCCUGUCCAGCCCCCCCGAGGUGCCUGAAGCCGGAGGAGAACCGGGAGCUGAUGGCUUUGCUGCGGGCUCACAGAGCCCAGGGACAGCCCAGCCUGCAGGAGACUUACAGCUUGCUGGAUGCUCCAAGAGGAAUUCCCAGUCCCCCCCCACCAGAGAACUUCCCUGAGCUUUGUCCCGUGGCAUCCUUGGACCUCUGGGACGUCAUUCUCAAAGGGAAGUGCUGAGGACUCUCCUCCCCCAACUCCCCCCACGCUCCGGCUGCUGCCCAGGACCGACCCGAGGACGGGCAGGACAAGUCUCCAGCUGUGUCCCAGCCUGAAGGGACUGCUGGGAAUAGCUGCAAACUAAGGAAUGGGGGGAAUCCUCCCAGCAGGUCUCACCAGUGUUAGGAAUUCAGUGUUAGGGAAUGAAUGGGCCUUAAUUUCCUCACCAAGCCGAGCUCUUGUGCUUCUCUCCUGAAGUCUGAGUUGGAGCUGUUCUGCUGGCUCGUGGUUGUUGAUGUGGGUGCCUAAUUUAAGAUAAAGACCUCCUUGUUUUUAGCCAUGCAGGACCUAGUCUUGAGGGUACCAAUGUAAGAUUAGUCUCUACACUCUGAGUUUAAUGUUCAGAUGUGCUGGAAGUCUCAGGCAAUCUGUCCUUUGGGAAUUCAGAGUCUGAUGAGCAGCAUUUAAUACUUUCUGCAGUCUGGCUCUGAACUUGUCCAAGGGUUGUCACUCUUUAAGGCAGUCCUAUCAGAAAACCCCUCCAAAAUAAAACAUACCCACUCUUACUGAGCAUGUUUUUUUCAACAAAAAUCGAGCUUUUUUAAUUAUGCAAUCAGAAUUUGUACCAAUGAUGGAUUGUAGGUGAAGUCUGGGACAAAAAUAUUUGGAAUCGGUUCCUUUCACUCUGGGUGAUCUAACAGAGGAUUUUGCCUUUAUAAAAUUUAAAUUUAUAAAAUUUAAACAUAUAAUAAACACUUUUCAAGGAUUGCUCUUUAUACAAAGCAAUUUUGCAAGUCAGAAGGAUAAUGAGGAGCUUAACUUACCCCGUGCUGACAGAAAAUCAGGUUAUUCGGUAGAAUUCCUAUAAAUUAGCUCCCUUAAAAGGAUUAUUCCUUCCCAGACUUCCUACCAUUUAAUUUGAACUUCUGAUUGCGAGGCAGCUGGUUUCUAUGAAACUUCCCUGUUUGCUACAUGUGGAGCAAAGUACUUUUACAGAACCUAAACCCAAAAAAGCCACUGAUCCAGCGCUGGCUCACGUGUGUCCCUCCUGCUUUUCCAGGGAGAUUUUCCACGUGGAACCACUGCAGGAUCCAGUGUUAAGUACUCAGCAUGUUGGGGGACCAUUUUUUUAAUGAAACCCUUUGCAUUUUCUUCCUGUAGAAAAGGUUACUUUCGUGCUACUGGGUAUCCUUUGGCGUUGAGCUCCAAGAGCUACGUUGCACAAGGUGAAUUAGCUUUUGCUGCCACAUGGCAGAGUUGGAGUUAAUUCCACCGGGGUUUGGGGCAUGUCCUAUGAUUCUUAUGCCCUGAACAGCUAAACAGUUCUCUUUUGUGUUUCCUCUAGUCUGAACGAGGCAUGAUACUUCAAAAUCUUCCAGUAUUUCAUUAGAAAUAUAGAGAGAAUUUGUUAUUCAGGUGAUGAGUUGCAUAACCCUAUGGAAUAAUCAUUCCUCUCCUUCCAUAACUGUCCCUCAUCUUUCAGUCAUGUGAAGCCUUUUCUUUGUUUUCCUUUUUGUCCUGUUUUUUACUUGGAAAUACAAAUAUUUUCCUCUCUGAUUAUUUUCCCCCUUUCCUUCUUCCUUCCUGUUUGCAUUUGAACUCCCAUCUGUUCUCACAGAGAUUUUUAUUCCUUUGAAGACAAUUAAUGAGGACCUUCCAGGUUACUCAGCUACCAUUUGUGGGAUUUAAGGAUCAGAUCCUACACCCAUGGAAGUUCAAGAGUCCUUAUUUUUAGUAUAAACUGACCAAGAAAUUCUACAUGACAUACAGAGCCAAGGCUGAAGCAGUGAGUUGAACAGAUAAAGAAGUGCAUCAACAAGCAUUUUCAGGGAAGAAAAAUUAAUUUCCUCACAGGAUAUCUUUAAAGAAGCACAGAAAACUAUCAUCCAGAUCACAAUAUUAAUCAAGUUCUUUUAGUCACCAUUCAGGUGAAAGGACAGGAACCUUCAGCUACUCAUAGAUAUCAUUUAUUCAAUAUAUUCAAAGAUGAACUUGCUUCUAAAGUAUAUUCUACAAGUUAUCCAUUAAUUGCAUUGAUGUUAGUAGGUUGCUUUACAUUGUUUCAUUGUUCCUUCCUGUCAAUAAAUAUAUUAUUUCAUGCAGUAA